AUGACGCACAUCUUCGAUGCGUACGACGACCGCCUAGCGCACCUGUCCGACUCCAUUCAACCGCUGCACGAGAUGAUCACACGACUAACCAAGGUACUCAGCAACAUCCAGAACACCAACCAGAGCUUCAUCAAUGUCAUGAGCCACUUCGACGUGUACGCGGAUGUACGCGGGUAUAUAGAGAACUCAAGCAAUCUGAAGGACCUGGACUCGUACAUUGACAAGAUGGAGAAAGCCAAGAAUGCGCAGACGUACUUUGAGGAGAACCAGCUGCGUGGGGGGCAGGAGACACUGCGUGAACUCACAGAACUCGUGGAGAUAGGGGCCAACAAAAUGACGCAGAACUUCUACGAUGUGCUCAAGCACAACAACCGCAAGUGCAACUUCAGUGGUAGGUGGAUGUGUAGGUGUGUGUAG